UGUUGUUUCUAGUUCGAUGCAUCAAAGUUGAGAAAGCUCAGGCCAAGUUUCAAAAGAAAAUGGAGGUUCUGUAACUGCAGGGAAUGCUUCUAGUAUAAGGUAGUGAUGGCUGCUGCUUUAAUUCUCGUUAGUGGAGCUAUGGCAAUUAAGCUUGGAUUGAAUGUUAUUGCCAGGAUCAAAGGUUAUGCAGACGCAGCACAGGCACCUGAACUGUUCACAACUGCUCCAGCCAUCGCCAUACCAAAGGCAAUCGUUAAUGCUGGCUUGAAAGCAUCCGAUAUUGAUUUCUAUGAAAUAAAUGAAGCUUUCUCUGUUGUAGCUCUUGCUAACCAGAGGCUGCUUAAUAUUGACCCCAAAAGGUUAAAUGCACAUGGUGGUGCCCUGUCCCUAGGACACCCUCUGGGCUGUAGUGGGGCUCGCAUCUUGGUGACACUAUUGGGAGUGUGAGCACUUGGCUUUUUCUAAAUUUCUGCCCACAUCCUUUAUUCUCACGUGAAGUGUAUUCUUUUUGGUCUCUUAUGCAUAAGUGGAUAUUUUAGGUACUGAGACACAACAAUGGG